GAGCGUGCGAGCGGCGUGCGAGAGCCGGGCAGGCACAAGCCUGUCGCUGUCCGCCCGGGCGAGGCGGCGGGGGAGGCACUCGUGCGAGGGGGACGCUUGUGCAAGGGAAGCUCUCGUGCAAGGCAGGCGCUUGUGCAAGAUGUGGCAGCUGUGGCUGCGGCGGGGGGGCCGGGCCCUGGCGGGGGCCGGGGGGCUGCGGGGGCUGCGGCCGCCCCGGGCCGCCCGCGGCGUCGCCUACCGCCCCAUCCGCAAGGUCCUGGUGGCCAACCGCGGGGAGAUCGCCAUCCGGGUGUUCCGGGCCUGCACGGAGCUGGGCAUCCGCACGGUGGCCGUGUACUCGGAGCAGGACACGGGCCAGAUGCACCGGCAGAAAGCGGACGAGGCCUAUCUGGUGGGGCGGGGGCUGCCCCCCGUGCAGGCCUACCUGCACGCCCCCGACAUCCUGCGCGUGGCCCAGGAGAACGGGGUGGACGCCAUCCACCCGGGCUACGGGUUCCUGUCGGAGCGGGCCGAGUUCGCGGAGGCCUGUGCCCAGGCCGGGCUGCGCUUCGUGGGGCCGUCGCCCCGCGUCGUGCGCCAGAUGGGCGACAAGGUGGAGGCCCGGCGGCUGGCCCAGCGCGCCGGGGUGCCGGUGGUGCCGGGGACGGAGGCGCCGGUGGCGGCGCUGGCUGAGGCCGAGGCCUUCGCGCUCGACGCCGGCUUCCCCGUCAUCCUCAAGGCCGCCCACGGCGGCGGCGGCCGCGGCAUGCGCGUCGUCCGCUCCCCCGAGGAGCUGGAGGAGAGCUUCACGCGGGCGUCCUCGGAGGCGCUGGCAGCCUUCGGCGACGGCUCCCUCUUCGUGGAGAAGUUCCUGGAGCGCCCGCGCCACAUCGAGGUCCAGAUCCUGGGGGACCACCACGGCAACGUGAUCCACCUCUACGAGCGCGACUGCUCCAUUCAGCGGCGGCACCAGAAGGUGGUGGAGAUCGCGCCCGCCGCCCGCCUCGACCCCCAGCUCCGCGCCCGCCUGGCCGCCGACGCCGUCCGCCUCGCCCACGAGGUGGGCUACGAGAACGCCGGCACCGUGGAGUUCCUGGUGGACCAGGGCGGCUGCUACUACUUCAUCGAGGUGAACUCGCGGCUGCAGGUGGAGCACACGGUCACCGAGGAGAUCACCGGGGUGGACCUGGUGCAGGCGCAGCUGCGCGUGGCCGAGGGCCGCAGCCUGCCGGAGCUGGGGCUGGCGCAGGCGGCGGUGCGGGUGCACGGCUGCGCCAUCCAGUGCCGCGUCACCACCGAGGACCCGGCCCGCGGCUUCCAGCCCGACACCGGCCGCAUCGAGGUGUUCCGCAGCGGGGAGGGCAUGGGCAUCCGGCUGGACGGCGCCUCGGCCUUCCAGGGCGCCCUCAUCUCGCCGCACUACGACUCGCUGCUGGUGAAGGUGGUGGCCCACGGCCCCGACCAGCCGGCCGCCGCCGCCAAGAUGCGCCGCGCCCUCGCCGAGUUCCGCAUCCGCGGCGUCAAGACCAACAUCCCCUUCCUGCAGAACGUGCUGGCCCACCCGCAGUUCCUGGCCGGCGCGGUGGACACGCAGUUCAUCGACGAGAACCCCGAGCUCUUCCUGCUGCGCCCCGCGCACAACCGCGCCCAGAAGCUGCUCCACUACCUCGGGCACGUGAUGGUGAACGGCCCCAGCACCCCGCUGCCCGUGAAGGCCAAGGCGGCGUCCGUGGAGCCCGUGCCCCCCCCCGUGCCCGUGGGGCCGCCGCCGUCGGGGCUGCGGGCGGUGCUGGCGCGCGACGGCCCGGGGGGCUUCGCCCGGGCGGUGCGGGCGCACCGGGGGCUGCUGCUCACCGACACGACCUUCCGCGACGCUCACCAGUCGCUGCUGGCCACCCGCGUGCGCAGCCGCGACCUGGCCCGCGUCGCCCCCUUCGUGGCCCACGCCUUCCCCCGCCUCUUCAGCGUCGAGAACUGGGGCGGUGCCACCUUCGACGUGGCCAUGCGCUUCCUGCACGAGUGCCCCUGGCAGCGGCUGCGCGACCUGCGGCGCCUCAUCCCCAACGUCCCCUUCCAGAUGCUGCUGCGCGGCGCCAACGCCGUCGGCUACACCAACUACCCCGACAACGUCGUCUACCGGUUCUGCGAGGUGGCGGCGGCCAACGGCAUGGACAUCUUCCGCGUCUUCGACUCGCUCAACUACGUGCCCAACCUGCUGCUGGGCGUGGAGGCGGCGGGCCGCGCCGGCGCCGUGGUCGAGGCCGCCAUCUCCUACACGGGCGACGUGGCCGACCCGGCCCGCACCAAGUACGGCCUCGACUACUACCUGGCGCUGGCCCGCGAGCUCGUCGCCGCCGGCACCCACAUCCUCUGCAUCAAGGACAUGGCGGGGCUGCUGACGCCGGAGGCGGCGCGGCUGCUGGUGGGGGCCCUGCGGCAGCGCUUCCCCGAGCUGCCGCUGCACGUGCACAGCCACGACACGGCCGGCGCCGCCGUGGCCUCCAUGCUGGCCGCCGCCGCCGCCGGUGCCGACGUGGUGGACGUGGCCGUCGACGCCAUGGCCGGCAUGACCUCGCAGCCCAGCAUGGGCGCCCUGGUGGCCUGCGCCCGCGGCACCCCCCUCGACACCGGCAUCGAGCUGGAGCGGGUGUUCGAGUACAGCGAGUACUGGGAGGCGGCGCGGGGGCUCUACGCCGCCUUCGACUGCACGGCCACCAUGAAGUCGGGCAACGCGGACGUCUUUGAGAACGAGAUCCCGGGCGGGCAGUACACCAACCUCCACUUCCAGGCCCACAGCAUGGGGCUGGGCCACAAGUUCAAGGAGGUGAAGAAGGCCUACGCCGAGGCCAACAAGAUCCUCGGCGACCUCAUCAAGGUGACGCCGUCGUCGAAGAUCGUGGGCGACCUGGCGCAGUUCAUGGUGCAGAACGGGCUGUCGCGGGCCGAGGUGGAGGCGCGGGCCGACGAGCUCUCCUUCCCCCGCUCCGUGGUGGAGUUCCUGCAGGGCCACAUCGGGACCCCCCCGGGGGGCUUCCCCGAGCCCUUCCGCUCCCGGGUGCUGAAGGACCUGCCGCGGGUGGAGGGCCGCCCCGGGGCCUCGCUGCCGCCGCUGGACUUCGAGGCGCUGGGCCGGGAGCUGGCGGGGCGCCACGGGACGCCGCCGGGCCCCGAGGAGCUGCUCUCGGCCGCCAUGUACCCGCGCGUCUACGAGGACUUCCGCGACUUCACCGCCACCUUCGGCCCCGUCCACUGCCUCGGCACCCGCCUCUUCCUCGAGGGGCCCAACAUCGCCGAGGAGUUUGAGGUGGAGCUGGAGCGGGGCAAGACGCUGCACAUCAAGGCGCUGGCGCUGGGCGACCUGGACGCGGCCGGGCAGCGCGAGGUUUUCUUCGAGCUCAACGGGCAGCUGCGCUCCAUCCUCGUGCGCGACACCCGCGCCAUGAAGGAGCUGCACGUGCACCCCAAGGCGCAGCGGGGGGCCAAGGGGCAGGUGGGGGCCCCGAUGCCGGGCGAGGUGGUGGAGGUGCGGGUGGCGGUGGGGGCGGCCGUGGCCAAGGGGCAGCCGCUCUGCGUCCUCAGCGCCAUGAAGCUGGAGACGGUGGUGACGGCCCCCCGCGCCGGCACCGUCGCCCGCCUCCACGUGCGGCCCGGCAUGAGCCUGCAGGGCGACGACCUCAUCCUGGAGAUCGAGUGAGGGGGGGCCCCGAAACGCCCCCCCCAAAAACACCCCCCCCCCCGAGGAUGCCACCCCCCCGAAAACGCCACCCCCAAAAACGUCACCCCCCGAAAACGCCACCCCGAAAACGUCACCCCCCGGCAUGAGCCUGCAGGGCAACGACCUCAUCCUGGAGAUCGAGUGAGGGGGGGCCCCGAAACGCCCCCCCCAAAAACACCCCCCCCCCGAGGAUGCCACCCCCCGAAAACGCCACCCCCAAAAACGUCACCCCCCGAAAACGCGGCGUCCCCCCGGCAUGAGCCUGCAGGGCGACGACCUCAUCCUGGAGAUCGAGUGAGGGGGGGCCCCGAAACGCCCCCCCCAAAAACACCCCCCCCCCGAGGAUGCCACCCCCCGAAAACGCCACCCCGAAAAACGUCACCCCCCGAAAACGUCACCCCCCG